AGGAUCUGUACUGAAUAACAAUGCUACUUGAGGAAAGGAAAUAAACCCCCCUUGUGCUUGAAGUACGUUGGUGGUGAAACAAGCAGCUGCUGACAUCAUGUGAAACUAGGCACUUAGUGAAGGCUAGCUAGAGCGAACCCAACCCAACCAGAGAGCUAGCCAGCAGGGCUUCUCACAUGUAUGGAAUUCUAAUGAAACGGUAAAAAGAAGGUUUAAGGGACUGAAGAGAGGAUUCGUUAUUUAUUUAUUAUUCACUGUGCGUUGAGGAACUGGGGCCUGAAUUUUGGUGUUAUGAAGUCUGCAGUGGUUGGGAGAUGAUGGAGGUGGAGUCUGCUUAUUCAGAUUUCAUUUCCAGCGAUCGGACUGGUCGCAGGAACGCAGUGCCUGAUAUCGAGGUGGAGGGCUCUGUAGUGGGGGCUAGCGAGGUCACCAAAGACCUGGCACAGAUGGAGCUGAAGACUCAAGAAGGGGAAGGAGCAGCAGCUGCACAAGUUCCUGGCAGUAACUUGACAGGGCAGCAGGAGGGACAAGAUGGAGACAAGCCUUCCUAAUUGUUAUUCCUCGGAGAAAGUAAAUUCUUCUUUAGCAGCCGAUUUGCUGUCCAGGGCUGUCUCCAGAGAAGGACUCAAACAGCACAAUAAAAGACUGUUUCACAGAGGGACUUUACCCAGCGGGGUCUCUUGGGUAAAGAUGAAGUUUCCCAUGUCGGAAGAUAACGAAAAAAACAUAUUGACGUUUACUUUGCAUCUCGCAGCAAGAAGCUCCACUUGCGGGAUCGUGCCUUGACACUACACUUGCAUUAAUGCACAGAGAGAGGACGAACGGUUCUCAAGAUUUUAGGCAGAUUUUUCUCCACUAAAAAAAAAAAAAAAAAAGAUAUGCUGUACACUACCAACUGUGCUUUUCCAGGAUGAACCCCCCAAAAUAAUCCUGACACCUACCAGAAAGGAUUCAAGAUAAUUCUUUAUUUAUUUAUUUUUUUCUCUCGUUUCACCUUGGAAACUGCCUUAUAAUAUCAUGAAUAUUCUGUGUGUGUUACUAUAGUUUAGAUGAAGAAAUAUUUGUUUCGGGAAAGCAUAUGCUGAAAUGUUUUGAAAUACAAUAUUUUAUUUCUGAAAUUAAAUAUACCAAAUAUUGUAUUUGGGGGGGAAAAAAAAAAAAACCUGUUCUGUGUGAUUCUUGUCACGGAAGUUCAAUAUUAUCCUGUGGUACCUUCCUGCAACUGGAAUUCAUGCAUUCACACACACACACACACACACACACACACACACUCACUCACUCAACAGGUCCUGUUCACAGUUUUAUGAAUACAGUACAUAGAGGGUACUCCACGAACGCUCAUGGAGCACUGUAGCUUUUCCACAAAUGAUGAAGACGGAAUAACCAACAGUGGGAUGUGUACAGCAAACCUCAUGAGUGAAAUAAAAGUUUAACACUGGAUUAACAUUCGUGGAGCAUUCUGUUUAUAAAACAGAUACAGCUAUGGCCAAAAGUUUUGCAUUGCCAUAUAGAAUUAACUAAUUCAGCUUCAUGAAGUCAAAUGAAACCUGCUGAAUAAUGUUACGCUAACAUAUUGAAUUACAUACUACUUUGUAGUUUUCUAUAUACUUAAUGAAAAACUGACAAAUUGAAAAAUGUGACAUUUUGAAAUGAACAUGACAUACUGUACUACUAUUAUGGUUUCCAGCAGACUUUUGUAGAUUCUUUUAUUAGAUAAAUAAAAUAUCUAAAUUAUGUUC